UAUUUUAGGAAUCCAAUUAUUGAUGUUUCCACAAUGAAUGGUAUAGAUUUAUGUGAAUACAAUACAUUUCUUGAGUUACAUAAACCACAACUGGAAUCUUCUGGUGUUCCUCAAUUAUUUUGGAAAGUUUUAUUUGAAAAGUUAGACAAUGAAAUCUUAGAUGGAGGACUUGUCUUCCAGUUAGCAAAAAUAGAAUAUGAGAAUACAACCAGACAUAUGACAGAACCAGUAUGGAAGUUGAUUGUCUCUGCAAAUGAUGGUAUUAGUGCACAAAAUCCGAAUAAUAUUUACUUAAUUGAUCAUGCAUGGUUAUAUGAUAUCAGAUCUGUCCGGCAACAUUUGACAAAAUUACCUAAUCUACUUAAUCGUAUGUGCUCUCUUAUGGAUAUUGAUACCAAUGCAGAAAAAGAAGAGAUAAUUGAGCAUAUUAUGAAUGAAAUGUGGCGAUACAAUCAAUAUUUUUCAUUGAACUCCAAAGAUGUGGAGAAGAGUAUGCCAAUGUGGUAUAUUAUGGAUGAAGUUGGAUCAGCAAUAAAUCAUAGUGACAAUCCAAAUUUCAGAACAAUACCUUUUCUGCAUGUGUCGAAAGGCAUAUCUUAUACGCUUUUAUUUCCUAUAAAAGAUAUGGCUAUGGGAGAUGAAGUUACAAGAGACUUUGUAGAGGGUCAAGCAGAUAGCCCUUGUAUAAGAGAGUUGUUAUUAUUGCCAUGGGUUCACAGUACUUUUGAUAUUGAAAAUUUUGAGCAGCUUGAAACAGGUGAAGAAUUUGUACAGAAUUAUAUUUGUGAAACUCUGCCAGAAACAAGCACAUUUAAAAUAAACAACAACGAAACUUUAAAAGUUUUUUCACAAUACGAGUAUGUGGAGAAAUAUUUAACAGACUCAGCAUUUGAGAUCACCAAUGAAGCUCAAACAGCAGAGAUAUUGUGGCUUGUGUCUCAUUUCAAAACUUUUAAGGAACUAAGCAUCUCCUCGCCACAUGUAUUUAUAAAUCAGUUUCCUUGCGAGAACGUGAUAACAGUCAAGGACCUCUUAGCUAUCGUAUGUAGGAGAAAAGCAAAGGGCAAACCGUACGAUCCCAAUACUCUUGAAACCUUACCAACGUGGUUACCAACCACAUAUAAUUUGACGACAGAACUGAAGCAGUUUGUCAGUUACUUCAAGGCACGGGCUGAGAAGAAUCUGGAUAAUCAUUGGAUAUGCAAACCAUGGAAUUUAGCGAGAGGCCUCGACAUUUACAUCACAAAGAAUCUGUAUCAAAUUCUACGGUUACGUCAUACAGGGCCUAAAAUUGUGCAGAAAUAUAUCACGCAGCCGGUUUUGUACGAUAGACUGCAAAUUGGCAAAGUAAAGUUUGACAUCAGGUAUGUCGUGCUGCUCAAGUCUGUGAAGCCACUACACAUGUACGCAUAUGCAAACUUCUUUCUACGAUUCGCGAAUCAGCCGUUUGCGCUGAACAACUUGGAUGUGUACGAGCAACACUUCACCGUGAUGAAUUAUUCCGACGAAAACCCACUCUACCACGUGAAAUGCGCCGAGUUUGUUGUUCAAUGGAAGAAUCAAUAUCCCGAUUAUCCGUGGGAAACUUACGUUGAGCCGAAAAUUCUCUCCGUCCUUUAUGAGGUGUUCGAAGCUGCAACCGCUGAACCUCCGCCGAGAGGAAUUCCUGAGAGUCCGCAAAGUAGAGCCGUGUAUGCUGCCGACAUGAUGUUAGAGUGGUGCGACUCUGAGAUGCAGCCUAAAUUGUUGGAAAUUAAUUAUAUGCCAGAUUGCCAGAGAGCAUGCGAUUAUUAUCCAGAGUUCUACAACGAUAUCUUCAAGUGCUUGUUUAUGAACAUAGAGAAUCCGCAAGUGUUUCACAGAUUACAUUCGACCAAGGAGUGACCGAGACGUUAAACUGUUAUGUUACAUUGUUAAAUAAAUGAUUCAUUUUGAUACAUAUAGUUUAACAAUA